AUGCAUGUACCUGCGAGCCAAAUACACGUCCUCCUGAACGAGCAAGCAACCCGGAGCGAAAUUCGGAAAUACAUCGAGGAUCUCACCAGCAGCUCCGACAUACGCCUGGGAGAUCCCAUCCUCAUCUUCUACGCUGGACAUGGCGCGCAGACAAAUUCCCCGAAUGGAUGGCAAGCCGGCGGGGGCUCACACCCGCAAAUUCAGAUGAUUUGUCCACACGAUUUCCUUCCCCGACGCAGCGAUGUCGAUGACGCUCAGGGUAUUCCGGAUAUGACGCUCGCCAUACUUCUGAAUCAUCUUUCCAAGGCAAAAGGCGACAAUAUUACUGUGAUCUUCGACUGCUGCCACUCAGGAUCCGGUACCCGAGAAGAAAGCUAUGAUCCUGAAGUUAAUGUGCGUGGUAUUGACCUGCCACAGGACUACGUUAUUGCGCCCACUGCCGACAACGACCUACUCCGAGAGGAGAACUCGCGGGGCGAUAGGGUAAUGGCUGGGUAUGAGGUGUCAGGGUCGCGCUCCCAUGUGCUCUUGGCAGCUUGCAGGGCGGAUGAGCGUAGUAGAGAGGACGGAAGUGGCGGGUUAUUCACGCGCGCACUCCUUGAGACAUUGAAUACCGAAGGAACGGACAAAACCACGUAUGAAGGCCUCAUCGACUGUAUACCCGACAUCACUGGCCAGAACCCUCAGUGUGAGGGUUUCCAUAAGUCAAGAAUACUCUUCGAUUCCAAAGCUCACAGUUCCCGUCACAAGCUUCUCAAAGUAACGAAGGCGAAGAGUCGGUCUUACAUGCUGGAGUGCGGUGAGGCGUUCGGAAUCACACUCAAUAGCCAAUUCGACGUUUACAAGAGCAAAAAUCUCGAGUCAUUACCCGUUGGAAUUCUCACAGCUAGAUCGAUCUCUGCAUUCUCCGCGAGAUGCGAAGUCGCUCCGAACGUACCAGAUCUACCGCUUUCAUCGUCUUGCGCUGCAUAUGCUCUUCAGACUCGGGCAGACACCAUGAGUGGGAUCAGGAUGUCAAUCGCAGACGAGCCGUUAUUUCUUGAUAUUAUUACGCUGGUCCGGGACGAGAUAAAACACGGCCUUCGCAUUCGCCUCGUGGUUGAAGACGCGUCCCCUCUUCCAGAUAUCGCGUUGGUGACAAACGGUGAUAACACAGUCACUUUCGAUAUCAAUGACAAGCUGUGUCGUGAUCGGGGAAUGACACAUAUGUACUACCCAGUCCAUCUAGAUCCGACCACUACCUCUUCAAGGGACUCUUUCACCGAGAAGAUCCUCACUAUCGUCAGGAGCGCCGCCGAUUUCUAUUUCCAUCUUGGCCGUUACCCCACUUACGAUGGCCUCAGACGCAGUGGACUCGUGCGCCUGGAAGCUUACGAGCUUGAGGAAGGAUGGGUCGGUAACGAUUGGGGCAUGGCGGAGAAGGAGCCGCAGAGAAAUCUCAUUCAGCAAAAUGCACUGAGUGUAUAUGAUGAGGACGAGAAGGUUUUCGGAUUCAAGGUUGUCAAUGAUAGCCACGUACCACUCUACGCCGCUCUUUUCUUCUUCGACAUGAGCGAUCUAAGCAUAAAAUCGUACUAUGAACCGAGUGCUGCUAGGAGCUCCGGAGCGGAGCAUUCCGUCGCAGCCAAAGGAGAACUGACAAUAGGUCAUGGAGCAGGUGGCGGACAACCACGGCAGUAUUACGUGCGCCAGGGCCAGGAAGUCGACGUCGGUUAUCUGAAGCUCUUUAUCUCAACUAAAUGGGUCGACUACUCGCAGAUUGCGCAACCUUCGCCAUUCCAGGGAGGAAAGCAGCGACGCUUAAAGUCGAGGCCAGCAAAGGGCAUGAUAUGGGAUGCAGUUUGCGUGUCCGUUGUGCAAUUGAGGGGACGUAAUACUUAA